CAAAAACAAUUAUUUUAAAAAAAUAUUAAUAAAAUGUGCAUCGCACGGAUUUCAUAUAGUGCUAUUAAUUUGGGUUUAUGAAUAUAAAUAGUUGCAUAGGUUGUAAAUGACUAGCCAUUUGCCUCUUUAUUUACCUACCCAUUGUUUACUUCAUUUAAUGGUGCAGGUUUGAUUGACCAUUUUCCUUUGUAAGUGCAGCCCGUUGCCUCCCCUUUUUCCAUAUAUAUUCACGCUUCUCCAUCUUUUUAGAGACACACAAAAAAAAAAAAAAAAAAAUUCUCUUCUUCACUCUAAAUAUUUUCCUUUAGUUUUGGGCAAGUAUUUUGAGUUUCAGUACGGUUUGUGAGUGCAUAUAAAUUCCGGAAUCGUACUUAUCCCGCAGGGUGAGCGCUUGAUGUGUACUACACCGGGGUAACACAUAAUCGUUUUUUAGGUCAGUGAUUCUCCACGACUCGACAAUAGUCAAUUUGAUCAACAAAAUAUUGAGAUCAUAACAUUGAGAUAAGUGUUUUUCGUUUAAUUUGCUUAUUUAUUAACAAUUAAAAAUAUGAAUUAAAAAGAGAAAUCUCUAUAUUUAAUUUAUAUAUAUUCCCUAUUUAAAAGACUAGCUUCUUGCAAGAGUUGUAAUCUUUAUCUUUUUUUUUCCCUCGAAACAAAGGCCUAUACUGCUAGAAGCUUAAUUAUACCCAUGUCAACUAGCACUAAUACAAACUCUUUAGAGGAUAUAGAAGAAGACAAACUAGAGCAACUACAACUCACCCUUCCUAACAAAUUAUGGCUUGGUAAAUAUCCUACUUAUCUAUACCAAGGAUUUUGGUGCCUUGUUCUUGAACCCACAAUUUCAUUCCAAACACACUUUCAAGCACAAGAUUCGGAUAUUAUCCUAGCCAGCCUUCCUAAAAGUGGCACUACUUGGCUAAAAUUUCUUAUUUUUUCCGUCAUUAAUCGGAAUAAGUUUCCUGAUUUUUCUAAACACCCACUUCAUACUCAAAAUCCCCAUGAACUCGUUCUCCAAUUUGAGCUCAAACUUUACUCUAAAAUCAAAGGAAGUCAACCUGAUCUAACCAAACUACCCUCGCCUCGACUCUUUGCUACCCACAUACCAUAUCCGUCUCUACCGGAUUCUAUCAAGACCUCUAAAUGUAAAAUUGUUUAUGUUUGUCGAAACCCUUUGGACACGUUCAUAUCAUUAUGGCAUUUUAAUCUAAAAUGUGAGAGAGAUGAAACCAUUACACCGGAUAUGAUAAUGAAAUAUUUUGAAAAUUUUUGUAAGGGGGGUUUUGCAUUUGGUCCAUAUGAGGAUUACAUAUUAGGGUAUUGGGACGAGCAUACACGAAACCCGGACAAGGUGUUGUUCUUGGAAUAUGAAGGGUUAAAGGCGGAUCCAAGUGCUCAAGUAAUGAGGCUAGCUGAGUUUAUGGGUUGCCCGUUUUCAGAAGAAGAACAGAAAGCAAGCCUUGUAGAAGAGAUAAUCAAGCUUUGUAGUCUUGAUAGCUUAAAGGAAAAAGACGUGAAUAAAAGUGGUAAAUUUUAUGAUUUUGUGGAGAAUUAUGCUUUAUUUAGGAAAGGUGAGGUUGGGGAUUGGAUUAAUUAUCUAAAUCCUUCAAUGAUUAAGGAGCUUCUUCAUGACUUACAUGAGAAACUCAAGAAGUCUGGAUUUUCUUUCAAAUACUAUAAUGAAUGAUGCAAUUUCAAGGCAUCAAUAUCUUCAUUUUAUUAUUCUUAUUUAUUUUGUUGGUUAGUCUAUUAAUCACGAGGUUGAGUGGCGUCAAUCUAAAAGUUACGUGUGAUUAAUUAAAUUAGGGUUGUAGUAGAAUUAGUAGAUGGAUAAGACACAAGUAUUAUUUUUUAAUAUUGUUUAAUUUGAAGAUAUAUUUUGUUAUUUAAAAUUAGUUAUUUAGUAUUUUUAUCUUUUACUGCCACUGUUUCAAUUUGCAAUCAAGAGACAUUA